CCUAGUAACACUGCGCUAGAUCCACAUGCUCUUAGUAACACCCUGGACCAGAGCUAGAUCCACAUGUAACAACCUGGCCCAGAGCUACAUCCAUAUGCUCCUAGUAACACCCGGGACCAGAGCUACAUCCAUAUGCUCCUGACAAGAUGACCAAAUAGGGCAAGACAUCCCACUGAGCCUUGGGGAUGCUGCUGAAAGAACAGACAUCCCACUCCGCCGUGGGAGUGGUGCCCGAAAAGGAAGUGCGCCAGGAAGUGCUUCGUAAAGGUUUUCUAUUACCACAGAGUCCGUUAGGAUGAGGCUAAAACCUAGUAGAUGUUUAUAAGACGAGAGCCUGUCUGUCUCCAAGGAACUAACUCUCCAGUCACGAUGAAGAAACAGAACGUACGCACCCUUGCUCUCAUCAUGAGCAUCUUUACCUACCUGCUGGUCGGGGCAGCCGUCUUCGACACCCUGGAAUCUAAACAGGAGAGAAGCCAAAAGAGAAAGCUGGACGAGAGGAAGUGGGAUUUAAUACAAAAAUACAACUUGACCAAAGUGAACUUUGACGAGCUCGAAGUCGUGAUGUUGCAACUGAAACCGCACAAAGCCGGGGUGCAGUGGAAAUUCGCCGGAUCUUUUUACUUCGCUAUCACUGUGAUAACUACAAUAGGGUACGGCCAUGCUGCACCCAGCACGGACUCAGGGAAGGUGUUCUGUAUGUUCUACGCCCUCCUGGGGAUCCCCCUGACCCUCGUCAUGUUCCAGAGCAUGGGAGAACGCAUCAACACACUGGUCCGCUUCCUUCUCCACCGGGCCAAGCAGUGUCUGGGCCUGCACCACACCGAGGUGUCCAUGGCCAACAUGGUGACCAUCGGCUUCUUCUCCUGCAUGUCAACGCUGUGUGUCGGGGCGGCAGCCUUCUCCCACUACGAGGGCUGGAGCUUCUUCCACGCCUACUAUUACUGCUUCAUCACCCUGACCACCAUCGGCUUCGGGGACUACGUGGCGCUGCAGAAGGACCACGCUUUGCAGAACGACCCGCGCUACGUGGCCUUCUGCUUCGUGUACAUCUUGACAGGACUUACCGUGAUCGGAGCCUUCCUCAACCUGGUGGUGUUGAGGUUCUUGAUGAUGAACACAGAGGACGAGCGGCGAGACGCCGUGCAGAAAGCCCUCCUCUCCACGAGGGGUAAGAAGAACGCCGACGGCGGUCUGUCUGUCGUUUCUGUCUCGGCUUCCACUUCCUCCUCCACUCCACUAGCCGCUACUACCAGCGGCACCAAGCGAGACUUGAAGGAUGUGUACAGCGAGGUGCUGGGCUUCCAGACAGUGUGUUCGUGUCUGUGGUACCGCAGCAGGGAGAAUCUGCAGGGCCAGGGAUCUAUUCCAAUGAUGAUGGGCUUCUCUGACCACUACGUAGAGAACAGCACCAUGCUCCCCCCUCGCUGGGACAUGGUGUCCUCUCACUACUGCGAGCCGGGUGAUACAGGGUGUGUAUGCAGCCCUCACCAGUGCAUCAGUUCCAUAGCCUCUGGCUUAAACUUCCUCGCCCCUUUCAGGGCCUUCGCCAAGAGACGCAGCUCGGUCUAGACCGGGCCAAUUCAAAUCUGGGACAUCAAAACCAGUUCCGCUGCUGAUUUUGAAUUCUUCCCCUCUAAUCAGGGACUGAUUUAGACCUUGGACACCAGGUGGAUGCAAAUAAUGAUCAGGUAGAACAGAAAACCAGCAGUACUCUGGACCUCCAGGCUGGGAUUUGAAGAUCCCUGGCCGAGACUCAGUGAUCCCUGGUCGAGACUCAGUGAUCCCUGGUCGAGACUCAGUGAUCAGGUCAGAUUUCUUUAGGCACCAAACAGAAACUGGGAUAGACUACCUGAACUGGGAUAGACCACCUGAACUGGGAUAGACCACCUGCACUGGGAUAGACCACCUGCACUGGGAUAGACUACCUGAACUGGGACAGAGUAUCUGAACUGGGAUAGACUACCUGAACUGGGAUAGACUAUCUGAACUGGGAUAGACUACCUGAACUGGGAUAGACUACCUGAACUGGGAUAGACUACCUGAACUGGGAUAGACUACCUGAACUGGGAUAGACUACCUGAACUGGGAUAGACUACCUGAACUGGGAUAGACCACCUGAACUGGGAUAGACUAUCUGAACUGGGAUAGACUAUAUGAACUGGGAUAGACUAUAUGAACUGGGAUAGACUACCUGAACUGGGAUAGACUACCUGAACUGGGAUAGACUAUCUGAACUGGGAUAGACUACCUGAACUGGGAUAGACUAUCUGAACUGGGAUAGACUACCUGAACUGGGAUAGACUAUCUGAACUGGGAUAGACUACCUGAACUGGGAUAGACCACCUGAACUGGGAUAGACUACCUGAACUGGGAUAGACUAUCUGAACUGGGAUAGACUACCUGAACUGGGAUAGACCACCUGAACUGGGAUAGAAGUGUCUGCUCUCACUGUAAAGACUGGAGAAGAAGUGUCUGCUCUCACUGUAAAGACUGGAGAAGAAGUGUCUGCUCUCACUGUAAAGACUGGAGAAGAAGUGUCUGCUCUCACUGUAAAGACUGGAGAAGAAGUGUCUGCUCUGCUUCACUGUAAAGACUGGAGAAGAAGUGUCUGCUCUCACUGUAAAGACUGGAGAAGAAGUGUCUGCUCUCACUGUAAAGACUGGAGAAGAAGUGUCUGCUCUCACUGUAAAGACUGGAGAAGAAGUGUCUGCUCUGCUUCACUGUAAAGACUGGAGAAGAAGUGUCUGCUCUCACUGUAAAGACUGGA